AUGGAAUCCCGGGGUCCCUCGCGCCCCUCGGACGACCCGCCUGCCGAGCCCGACCGCGCCCAUUCCCCCCGCACCCCCCCUAGCGCCAGAAUGAUCCGCCCGCCGUCGAUGAUGCGGGAAAGCUCCAGGCGCAGCAGACUGUGGGACGGCGGAUUGUGCGAAUCAUGGCUGGAGCCAUCUGAAUUUUCAGGAGCUGGAGAGAUCGGCGAGGGGGCAUUUGCCGUUGUUCGGCGGUGCGAUUGGAGCCGGGGGGAUGGGGAUGGGGGCGCCACGCCCGUGGCGCUGAAGAUGUUGAAGCCGCACGUGCUGGAGAGGGACCGUGACGUGGAGCAGUUUCUGAAGGAGGCGGAUUUGUUGAGGCGGGUUCGGCAUCCGUCGAUCGUGGAGUUCAUGGGGCUGACGAAGUGCGAGAGCGGGUGUGGGGAGGAACGACCCACGGUGGCGAUCGUGCAGGAGUUUGCAGACAUGGGCAGCAUGCGGUCUCUCAUCCAGGAUCACAUGGAGGACUCAGCGUCUGUGCACCAGGCCUAUUCCAAACGCGAGGUCCUGCGAUGGAUGCUGGACAUCGCGACCGCCAUCCAGUACCUGCAUGAGUCCCAGCCCAAGAUCAUACAUCGAGACAUCAAGCCAGAGAACAUGCUGCUGUUUCAUGACAGCAACGAUGGGGAGGUGGUCGCCAAGCUGGCGGACUUCGGCCUGGUGGCGCUGGUGCACACGAUGCCGGAGUCGCUGUCCGAGUCGCUGUCCGCCGCGGGGGUCGAGAAGGGCCUGGAGGCGCUAUUCGCCGCCAAGGGCGGUUUCCGGACGACCGUGAGCAAGGCGGACAUGAUCGUGACGGCAGAGCAGCAGUACAACCUGUCGUACCGCACCGGCAGCCUGAUGUACAUGGCGCCCGAGGUCAUCCGGUGCGACAUGUACAACGAGAAAGUGGAUGUCUUUUCUUUCGCGUCCGUCUUGUACGAGAUGCUGCAGGGGGCGUCGUUGCUCACUUUCGUCUCAGAGGACCACUCCAUUCAGGACGCGGAGGCGUACAUCAUGGCCGUCGCGUGCGGCUUCCGGCCCAAGAUCCCCAAAACAUGGCCGCCGGCUAUCCGGCAGCUCAUCUCCGACUGCUGGCAGGACUCACCCGUCGACCGGCCUUCCAUGGCGCAAGUCGCGACCCGGCUGGGAGCCAUGUACUCAGGUGGCGUCUUCAAAAAUCGCUGCCUGGCGCUGCACGCGUAUGCGCCCCAGUCGGUCGUCCUCCGCGACGUACCCCAGACGGUCCUUCGCGACGUGCCCGUGCGGUCGGUGGCACCGCAGAGGGCGCCUUGGCACUGGCCGUUGUGCUGCUGCUUCCGCCCAGCGGAUCUUCAGCUGAGGUGCGCGCACCGCAUGCCUAUUUCAUAA